UUCGUAUUUUUUAUGACAAUAUGGAGUUCAAUCACUGCUAUGAAUGUUGUCUUCUACAUAAAUGCAAUUGGAAAGAGUCAUUUGGACUUCAGCGAUUCUCUUGUGGACAGUUUAAAAGAGAAAGGGCAUACUGUGGACGUCAUUAUUGCCAGAAUGAAUGAUCAAGUCACAGGUCAUGGAAAAAGUAAGGCCGACAGAUUUUAUGUGUUUGGAUUCAAAAAUGGAAGCGACUGGAACAAAAUGCACCAUUUGACUAACAUAUUUGGGGAUGUGAGAUUUCCGAUCAAUGGAUUUAGACCGUAUUAUGAUAUUGGAAAUAGCUUAUGUGAAAUUGCUUUGACCGACCAAAAACUUCAUGAGUUUCUGACCUACCGAAAAUAUGAUAUUGGAAUCGUGGGUACAUUUGAUUUUUGUGGAGUCUCCAUUCUAAAAUCAUUCGGAAUUCCAUCGGUCAACACUAUUAAUGCCGUCCCUAUUAUGCCUAUUGAAACAGUUACCAUCGGUCUUCCAAAUGCACCAUCACAAGUUGUUCCACUAUUUCAACCAGCUGAUAUCACAACUCUUUAUGGGAAAUUCUGGAAUGUUAUCAACUGGGCUUAUCUUCAUUUUAUACAGAUUCCGGAGAUUAAGGCUACACAAGAGCAAAUUUUUCGAAAACGUUUUGGAAAAAAGUUCAGCAUUGAUAGGGCUCUAUCGAAAAUCGAUUUGAGUUUUAUAAACUCGAAUGAAAUAAUGGAGAAACCAAGACCUCUUCAUCACAGAUUCCAACUCAUUGGUGGAAUAAAUCUUCGGUCUCCAAAACCAUUGAAUGAGAAUUUGGAAUCUAUUUUGUCAAAAUCUCGCAACGGAACAAUUCUAUUCAGUUUUGGAACACAAGUUGCUGGUGAUGUAUAUCCAAGAUAUGCGGUCAAAAAUUUUGUGAAGGUUUUCAAAAAGUUCCCAGGAUACACAUUCCUUUGGAAGUAUGAGAUAAAACAUGGCGAGGAGAGAAUGUUUGAGGAAGCUAAGAACGUUGUUGUAAUGGAUUGGCUACCACAAACAGAUUUACUGAAUGAUGCACGUGUCGUGGGAUUCAUAUCCCAUCUUGGUCUAAACUCCUUUAAUGAAGUAUCGUAUGCUGGCAAACCGAUCAUUUCGAUUCCUCUUUUUGCUGAUCAGCCUCAUAACACUGAUAACGGUGUGCACCGAGGAACAACAGUCCGACUGGACAAGACUCAAUUAACCGAGGAAAGCAUUGAAAAGGCAUUGAGAGCCAUUCUGUUUGAUUCGAGCUAUCGCCGCAACGCAAAAAUGCUCCAAAAGAUGCUCAAUGAGAAGCCGGAGACUCCCAAAGAGAGGUUCACGAAAUGGGUUGAGUUCGCUGCUGCUAACCCAGGACUUCACAAAGUCUUCAAACUUCCUGGCGUCGAAAUGGGAAUGUUGGAAUAUUUUUGUAUUGAUGCAAUUCUUUAUGUGAUGGCACUUUUCUUGGUUUACUCUUUGCUUAUGUUUAUU